AUGGGCUUGAUCCCAGACCCUUGUGUUCAGUCUCUGGGGGAGUCUCUGGGGGAGCCUCUGGGGGAGUCUCUGGGGGAGUCUCUGGGGGAGCCUCUGGGGGAGUCUCUGGUGGAGCCUCUGGGGGAGUCUCUGGGGGAGCCUCUGGGGGAGUCUCUGGGGGAGCCUCUGGGGGAGUCUCUGGUGGAGCCUCUGGGGGAGUCUCUGGUGGAGCCUCUGGGGGAGUCUCUGGGGGAGCCUCUGGGGGAGUCUCUGGGGGAGCCUCUGGGGGAGUCUCUGGUGGAGCCUCUGGGGGAGUCUCUGGGGGAGCCUCUGGGGGAGUCUCUGGGGGAGCCUCUGGGGGAGUCUCUGGUGGAGUCUCUGGUGGAGCCUCUGGUGGAGUCUCUGGGGGAGCCUCUGGUGGAGUCUCUGGGGGAGCCUCUGGUGGAGCCUCUGGGGGAGUCUCUGGGGGAGCCUCUGGGGGAGCCUCUGGUGGAGCCUCUGGUGGACCUCUGGUGGAGCCUCUGGUGGAGUCUCUCCAUGCUGACCUCCCCGCUGACCGCCCUGCUGACCUCCCCGCUGACCGCCCUGCUGACCUCCCUGCUGACCGCCCCGCUGACCGCCCUGCUGACCGCCCUGCUGACCGCCCUGCUGACCGCCCUGCUGACCUCCUUGCUGACCGCCCUGCUGACCGCCCUGCUGACCUCCUUGCUGACCGCCCUGCUGACCGCCCCGCUGACCGCCCUGCUGACCUCCUUGCUGACCGCCCUGCUGACCGCCCUGCUGACCGCCCUGCUGACCGCCCUGCUGACCGCCCUGCUGACCUCCUUGCUGACCGCCCUGCUGACCUCCCUGCUGACCGCCCUGCUGACCUCCUUGCUGACCGCCCUGCUGACCUCCCUGCUGACCGCCCUGCUGACCUCCCUGCUGACCUCCUUGCUGACCGCCCUGCUGACCUCCCCGCUGACCGCCCUGCUGACCGCCCUGCUGACCUCCCUGCUGACCGCCCUGCUGACCGCCCUGCUGACCUCCCUGCUGACCGCCCUGCUGACCUCCUUGCUGACCGCCCUGCUGACCGCCCUGCUGACCUCCCCGCUGACCGCCCUGCUGACCUCCUUGCUGACCGCCCUGCUGACCUCCCUGCUGACCGCCCUGCUGACCGCCCUGCUGACCGCCCUGCUGACCUCCCCGCUGACCGCCCUGCUGACCGCCCUGCUGACCGCCCUGCUGACCUCCCCGCUGACCUCCCCGCUGACCGCCCUGCUGACCGCCCUGCUGACCUCCCUGCUGACCGCCCUGCUGACCUCCUUGCUGACCUCCCUGCUGACCGCCCUGCUGACCGCCCUGCUGACCUCCUUGCUGACCGCCCUGCUGACCUCCCUGCUGACCUCCCUGCUGACCGCCCUGCUGACCGCCCCACUGACCGCCCUGCUGACCGCCCUGCUGACCGCCCUGCUGACCGCCCUGCUGUCCGCCCUGCUGACCUCCCUGCUGACCUCCCUGCUGACCUCCUUGCUGACCGCCCUGCUGACCGCCCUGCUGACCUCCCUGCUGACCUCCCUGCUGACCUCCCUGCUGACCUCCCUGCUGACCGCCCUGCUGACCUCCUUGCUGACCGCCCUGCUGACCGCCCUGCUGACCGCCCUGCUGACCGCCCUGCUGACCGCCCUGCUGACCUCCCUGCUGACCGCCCUGCUGACCUCCCUGCUGACCGCCCUGCUGACCUCCUUGCUGACCGCCCUGCUGACCUCCCUGCUGACCGCCCUGCUGACCUCCCUGCUGACCUCCCUGCUGACCGCCCUGCUGACCGCCCUGCUGACCGCCCUGCUGACCGCCCUGCUGACCUCCCUGCUGACCGCCCUGCUGACCGCCCUGCUGACCUCCUUGCUGACCUCCCUGCUGACCUCCCUGCUGACCCCCUGCUGA